AGCUCUCAGGCGUGUCUAGAUCAUAACGUCUAUAUAGUGCAUCUAGAUAGUUUAACAUUAUUUAUUGAAUUAAAUACUUUUUAGUCAAUUUUGAAUAGUAAGAAUGGUGGUGGGCUUCAAAAGAGUAUGGGACUCCAGCUGUCCCCUAAUAUGGGACCAGUGGGUGGAUGACAACGGGACCACAUGGAUCAUCCAAGACUUGCCCCCAGAAGACGAUGAGAAGGCCAUCAAGAUACUGGUGGAAAACCUCUGCCCUGAUGAAACUCUGUGCAGUUUGAGCAAAAUCUCGGAGGACCCAGAAUCAAUAAAAAGUAUAAGCAACUUUUGGCGAGGAUACCUAGCACAACGCAUGUCACUAGCCUGUUAUGAAGUGAAGGAUGGUCGAAAGAAAUUAGUCGCGUUAAACGUAUGUCUCGUUCAGACACAGGGUGAAGAAGUUAAUGAUAUUGUAGAAGGAGCAAGCUUCAAGAACUUGUAUGGAGCUCUAAAAGUAAUUGAUGAUAAAAUAGAUGCCUUCAAAUCCCUGGGCAUGAGCCAGUUACUCUAUGCCCUAGGACUCGUGGUGUGCAGAGAAUACAGGGGCUCAAAACUCGGUGCCAGGAUAUUGGCUGCGAGAAAACCGCUAAGCCUUCACCACGGAGUUAAAGGCACAGCUACAGUAUUCACGGGUCCAGCUUCACAGGUCAGUGCCGCGAGAGCCGGCUUCACGUCCAUAGGAACAGUCACCAUGAAGGAACUGGCUGAGAACGGCCUGAACUACCCCAAUGACGAGAAGAUAUAUGUCAAAGUCAUGAUCAAACGGUUUGAUGAAUAGGGUUUAAAGGAAUAUGUGCUUUAAUGUUAUAUAAUUAUAAAGAUCAGAAUCAUAUAUCCAAAUACUCAAAUGCUACUCAAUUUUAAUCGCACUUAA